AUGACCAUGAACAGGAAGUUUGGCACCAGAUAUAGAGCGGGGGGGCGUAACGGUGUGACAUCGCAGGUUAGAGUGGAUGCAAGUGAGGGGAGCAGUGAGCAGAGCAUCUGCCAGGCCCGGGCCUCCGUCAUGGUCUACGAUGACACCAGUAAGAAAUGGGUACCCAUCAAGCCGGGACAGCAGGGAUUCAGUCGCAUCAACAUCUACCACAACACUGCCAACAACACCUUCAGAGUGGUGGGCGUCAAGCUGCAGGACCAGCAGGUGGUUAUCAACUAUUCAAUAGUGAAGGGCCUCAAGUACAACCAAGCCACCCCAACUUUUCACCAGUGGAGGGACGCCAGGCAGGUCUAUGGCCUCAACUUUGCCAGCAAGGAGGAGGCCACCACCUUCUCCAACGCUAUGCUCUUCGCUCUGAACAUCCUCAGCGCUCAGGACGGAGGUCCAGCUCUGCAGCGCCAAGUCCUGAACGGCCCAACUUCAGAUGAGAUGGAAGCUCAGAGAGCAAGGCAAAUGGUGGAGCAGCAGCAGCAGAUGCAGGCUCAUAUGGAGCGAGAGCGACGGUCCUCCAACUCAGGUUCUCCUUUCCAGGGCCACCCUGCUGUGCUUUCUGUGGCCCCGCCAGUAGUACCUCCAGCGGUAAACAUGGGUGGUCCCCCGCCCCCCCCACCGCCUCCAGGUCCACCGCCACCAUCAGCAGGGGCGCCCCCGCCUCCCCUCCCUCCUCCGCUGCCCAUAGGAGGAGGGCCUCAGGGAGAUGAGCCCCCUGCACCCACGGGGCUCGCAGCUAUGAUCGCCGGAGCCAAACUGCGACGUGUCCAAAGACCUGAGGAUCAAUCUUCAGGCCCCAAAAAUGAUGCCAACCGAACAAGUGGCGGGAGCGGAGGACUGAUGGAGGAGAUGAACGCUCUUUUGGCAAGAAGAAGGAAAGCAGCAUCAGAGAAGCCGGAGGACAGCCAAAAUGACGACCCAAACUCUUCUUCGCCCAGCACUCGGAGUGGACAGAAUGCCACAGAUGGUGCAAAGAAACCCUGGGACCGAGCUAACUCCGCAGACAGGGCCAUGGUUUCCAGGGUACGAGCUGGAGGAAGUGGCGGCGACACAGACUCAUUAGACCUCGACAGGAUGAAACAGGAAAUCUUGGACGAGGUCUUCCGUGAAUUGCACAAAGUGAAGGAUGAAAUCCUUGACGCCCUUAGACAUGAACUCAGUCGAGUCAGCACGACAUAAUCUUUGAGGAGUACUCUCAGACAUGAACCAAUUUUUUCAAAGCAUUGCCCCUGCAGCAUCGGCUGUGGCCCUGAAGAGGAGGAAGAGGAGUCGGGAACAGAGGCCCAAACUGUGACAUCUCAUCGUUCAGCUGCGGUGCUGAAGCAGCGCGCCAACGUUGCUGCAACACCUCAGACGUGUCUGUGUAACGUUUGCGUUCUUUACUUUUUAGCGUACUUUAUUCUAUUCCUCCUUUUUCCACUGAAAGACACGACCAAGGUGCAGUCUCACACUGACUGCUCAGAUUUUAUUUACACGUUUGUCUGUUUGUCAGCCCAGUCCUCCUCCACUGUCUUUUGCCCAACUGAAUCGAAAUCUAAAAUAUUUAAUUCAUUCAUCCAUUAGUAGGAAAACUUUUUGUUAUCUUUUUCAUUAUUAUUACUAUCAUUCUUAAGAUUCUCAGUGUAUUCUUAUGAAUUGUAGUAGUGUAGUGCAAUGUAAUAAAGGGGAAACUAUAAGAAUAUGAUAGUAAUUAUAAUGUUAGUUUUUAUUAUUGCACAUCAUGUUAAGUCAAUUUUUUUGGUAUUUUAUAUUUGUUGUUUUGCUUGAGCUACAUUUGCAGGAACGUUCCCAAGUUUCGUUUCCCAUCAUUUGACCUGAAAUGUUUAUAAAAGGUUUAUAAUCCUAUUUGCCAACAAUUAAAAGUAAAAACGAAUGUGGAAGAAUUAUAAAAAGAAAAGAAAAGAAGAAACAGGCUUGGACCUGGAACAGAGUGGAAUAGAUUAUUUGGGUACAGCAAUUUUAAAAAAGAAAAGAAAAGAAAUAAUGCACCAGGUUAUUUGUGAUCAUGUUGUCCAGUUAAGAAAUGUUUAUUGGCUGCAAAGAUGUGGUGAAGUAUUGUUCAUUUUAUUCGUUCCUUUUUAGACAAAGUGCUUCCUGGUUUGAAAAAAAAAAUCACCAAGUUUAAAACAAAUUGAAAUAAAACUGUGAACAAUGUCUUGGAUAACUAACAGUGUCCGUUUCCUUUUGUUCUUUUUGGUGUGAUUUUAAUACCUAAUGGGAUUUCAAUCACAGCUGGAUGGAGAUGUCUUUUAUGUUUAGCUAAAAUGUAUAUGUUGGAGAUUAUCUUAACAACAAGGGAAAUUAUUUGAUUUAGUCUCAUCACUAAACACCUUAAUAUUUGUAAUCCCGAAAUUUGAACAGCAUGAUUUGAAAAAGUUGGGAUUGAGUCAUGUUUACUGCUGUAUCCUUUUUUGGCACUUAUGGAACUAACAACUAUGAUUGUUGAAGCUUUACAGAAAAAAAAACUGCAUCCA